CGGAUGGGGACGAGCUUUUUCAAACUAAACACGUUUUAUACCCAUAAUUAUAACUAAUAAGAGUGAUUGGGGGACAUGACAUGCAACUUGCAUACAGGAAGAAAGAAAAGAAGAAACCUAUUUUCUGUGGAAGUUGGAUUAAAAUAUUGGUCGAUGGCCACCAAUUAGCUAACAAUUUGUGAUUUUGCAUAGAGAAAUCAAACGUUGACUUGGAUAUAUAAUGGGGGUGGUCCGAAAAGUCUAGGCUGUAACAUGUAAUAAAGUUGACUUUGUCAUUUGUUUGGGAGAAGAAGACAAGUAUCAAAGCAAACCCACAGAUCCGAAGGAUUCAUUAUUCCUGAUCAACUCCUAAAUACUAUUUCUCUUUGUAUAUAGUUUCUUUGCUUUUAUUGAUACAAUUAAUUAAGGUAUACAGGAUGAGGAUUCAGGACAAGUAUAAGUCUAAGCCAAAGCCAUCUUCCGGUGGCGGCGGUGGUGGAGGAAAUACAAAUCCGACGGCGGCGACUUCGUCGGUCACAAACAUUCAUGCAUGCGUCGAGUCUGGAGAUCUCACUGGCCUGCAGACGCUACUCGCUCUAAAUCCUUCUUCUCUUAACGAAAGGAGCAUUUUUAGAACUGAGCAAGUAUAUGAAUGGAUGCAGUUGAUACAGACGCCAUUACAUAUUGCUGCUAGUCAGAACAAAGCUGAUAUAAUGAAGUAUUUGUUAGAGUGGAGUGGGGCAGUGAAGGUGGAGUUGGAAGCCAACAACGUCUAUGGUGAGACCCCUUUGCACGAGGCAGCUAAGAAUGGAUGCAACGACGCCGUUAGGAUGCUUCUUCAGUACGGUGCCAACGUCGAAGCCAGAACCAAUAACUCAAUGACUCCAUUGCAUCUUGCCGUUGGUUAUGCGUUGACGUCCGGAGACAACUCCGUUGUCAAGACGUUGUCUGAAUACAAUGCUGAUUUCUCAGCACAAGAUGAUAGUUUUGGUGGGCAGGAAGGCAUGAUUCCAUUCAAUUAUCUUCCAUCGGGAGUCGCCCAAAACGAUGAACUGAUGCGCCUCUGCCAAAAUCUGGCCCAACAGAUGAACGACGUCACACAACAGAUUUAUAACACCUGUACAACAAUGAGCCAAUACCAAAAUGUGGAAGAGCCAAGGAACUACGACGGUGGGAUGAAGGGGAAGAUGGAUGAAUUCGAGUUGGAGCUAUCGAAGAUAGUAGGACUACACGAGCUGAAGCUGCAGCUUCAAAAAUGGGCCAAGGGCAUGCUCUUGGACGAGAAGCGUCGUGCCAUGGGCGUAGACCUCGGCCCCAGGAAACCGCCUCACAUGGCCUUCCUUGGAAAUCCCGGGACAGGCAAGACUACAGUUGCAAGAAUCCUAGGAAAACUACUCUGUUCUGUUGGUGUUCUGUCUUCUGAUAAUGUUACGGAGGUGCAGCGAACGGAUUUGGUCGGGGAAUUUCUCGGCCAAACUGGUCCAAAGACUAGGAAAAAGAUUGAAGAGGCAAUGGGUGGGAUUUUGUUUGUGGAUGAAGCAUACCGUCUAGCGCCUGCAGAGUCUGCAGGAAACUGCGUUGAAUAUGGCGUGGAAGCACUGGAAGAGAUCAUGUCAGUGUUGGAGGAUGGCGAUCUCCUUGUGAUCUUCGCGGGCUAUACGGAGCCCAUGAAGCGUGUCUUCUCUUCCAACGAAGGCUUCUGCAGACGGGUAACUCACUUAUUCCAGUUCGAUGAUUUCAGCUGCAGGGAGCUCGCGGAGAUGCUGCUGAUAAAGAUGAGCAAGCAGGAUGAGAGGAGCCGGUUGUUCGGGUUUAAGCUCGAUUCUUGCUGCAGUCUUGAUGCCGUUGUGUCGAUUAUAGAGAGGAAGUCGAGCGAGAAGCUUAGGAAUAGGAUGAAUGGAGGUUUGGUGGAUCAUUUGCUCAACAAUGCUAGAGAGAAUCUUGAUUCUAGGCUCAAUUUUGAGGCAAAAGGGGAUGAGCUAUUGACCAUCAUGUUGAGUGAUUUGGAGGCCGGCCUCGAGCAGCUGGUGCGGCGGCUGAAUCUUAAUGAGGAAGAGAAGAUUAAGGUUGUUGAUGGAGGAAGUGGAGAGAAGGUGAAGGUUGUUCCUGGUUUACAGCAGCAGGCAUGGGUGAAUUGAGUUCAUGGAAUGUUGAAUUAGAAUGUAUGUGUUGGAAGGGAAAAAGACAAGAAAUUUGAUUUUGAAUGCUAGUAUAUAAUAAGGUUUGUGAAGCUCAGGGUAGCUAUGUUUGUUUUAGAUCAAAUCUUUUAAAUUGGGAUUGCAGCAUCGCAUAUUUGUAUUGUCUGGGAAUAGGUUUGGUCAUGUUUCCCCUCUGCCAUUUAGCCUAUCAAGAGGUAAGAGGUUAUCUUUGUUUAUAACUAUUCUUUUGCACUAA